AUGCGUCUUCAACUAUUUUCCAGGAUUUCGACAGCUCAAUGGCGAGUUUACAGGAGUCUCAAAUUCCCGAGACAGUUCCCCUCCUCCUUCAGCACUACUGCCAGGGCCCAAGCCAUAAAACCGUUCCUGCUUGCGGAUAUUGGAGAGGGAAUCCGCGAAUGCGAAAUCAUUCAAUGGUUCGUCGAGCCUGAAGCUCGGGUCGAGGAGUGGGACAAGCUUUGUGAAGUACAGAGCGAUAAGGCUUCUGUGGAGAUCACCAGUCGCUUUGCCGGUGUCAUCAAGAAGCUGCACUAUGAAGCUGGAGAAAUGGCGAAAGUGGGGAAGCCGUUACUGGAUAUAGAUAUACAGGGAGAUAUCAAUCAGGAGGAUCUGGAAGCUUUGACUGGGACCGGCGAAGGGACUGGAAUACAGCCAGAAAAGAUGCCUCAACAAACAUCUCCAGAAACAAAACCUACACAGCCAUCGUCAGAGAAGCCUUCGCCAAAAGGAAAACACGCAUCACUAGCAACUCCUGCUGUAAGACAUCUGACCAAAGAGUUGGAUGUUGACAUUCAGGAUGUCCGCGGGACUGGUAGAGACGGUCGAGUCUUGAAGGAAGAUGUCUACCAGUUUGCGAAGGCACGGGAUAGUGCUCCUGAGACUGGCUCUGGUAGCCCAGCAAUUACUGCUCCUGCUUCGAGUAGUGGCCCUCAAACCGAAACACUGACUCAACUAUCAAAUACCCAGCACCAAAUGUUCAAGACCAUGACCAAGUCUCUGACAAUACCGCAUUUCUUAUAUGCAGAUGAGAUUGACUUCUCAGGAAUAUCAGAACUGCGCGCUAGACUGAACAAAGGUCUGGUAAAGUCCCCAGUCAAUGACAUUAGCAAGCUCUCCUUCCUGCCGUUCAUAAUCAAGGCGGUGUCUAUGGCACUCCACCAGUACCCGAUACUCAAUGCCAGAGUGGAUUACGACUCGAACUCGUCGAAGCCCGUACUGGUCAUGCGAAGUCAACACAACGUCGGUGUAGCCAUGGAUACCCCCACAGGACUCAUCGUCCCUGUGAUUAAAAAUGUAUCCAGUCUCAACAUUCUCUCUAUUGCUGCUGAGCUCAACCGGCUACAGUUACUCGCAUCCAAAGGCAAAUUGACGAGUCAAGACCUGAGCGGCGGUACUAUUACGGUCUCAAACAUCGGCAGCAUAGGAGGCACAUACGUCUCCCCGGUUAUCGUCGACAAGGAAGUGGCCAUCUUGGGAAUUGGUAAGAUGAGGACGAUACCUGCUUUCAACGCCGAGGGUCAGAUGGUCCAAAAACAGGUAUGCAACUUCAGCUGGAGUGCAGACCAUCGUGUAGUAGAUGGUGCAACUAUGGCCCGAGCGGCAGAGGCGGUCAGGGGACUCGUCGAGGAUCCGGGAAUGACCAUAAUUCAUCUGAGAUGA